UCAUUGGAAGUAUUAGUUGGAAAAACGCUUCCUGUAACUGCGUAUCGCAGAGAUAAAUGGAGUAACGGAAAGGAGGGGUGCGCAGAGAACUUCGCGUGCAAGUGAUGGUCAGUCAACUCAAGUGGACUUUUCGCUUCAGGAGUGCCAAUUAUGUGUCUUAUUAUUAUCACAGACACGGCGGAGUAACCCCUCAGGGGACAGUUCACGACGUCUGCGAGACAGAAUAAAAAGUGAGCUGAUCCGCUCCUUCAGUGAGGACGCACUCAGGAAUUGAGCACCGGACCUAUCAGCGGUUUGUCAACCCUCUCCCUGCAGUUGGCCGGUGUUCAGAGGAUGAGCACAGACGCUCAGCGAAUACUCAUAAUACUCGACUUCUGAUGCUCCAUUUUUUAAUACAGAAGAGAAGACUAUGGGACAUACUUCGGACCGGACAGGAACAGGAUCCUAAAGUUGCGCACAGUUCAUUAUUUCUAUUUUCAUAAUUGUUGGACACACGGAACGUAUUCAGUAACCUAUUUGAAAACGCUUUAUCGGCCUGAAGGUCUCCGGUUCAACUUUUUUCCCACAGGCGUUGGAGAAGGACUUCACUUUUUUUUCUCUCUCCACGGAAGCUAUGAGAGGUCUGCGUAAACACGUAACUAUGGCACUAGUGCUACUGAUGUGCGCGCUGACCGGCCACAGCAGCGAGAGCGCGCCCUCGGCAGCACUGGAGUCGGCUGCAGGCGGCAGGGACGCGCAGCAGGACUGGAGGCGGAUGGUAGAGAUCGUGAAACACGUGGAGGACAACCGGGGUCGCCACAGUGCCAAAACGGCAGCCCCGUUAACAGCGAGGAACCCUGCGGUGGAUCCAAAUGAUUUACGCAAGCUGAAAACAGCCAGAGGGGAUCAGACUGUCGGCGUAUUCCCCAGAGAUCUCAGAAAGAAGGAGAAAUUCCUAAAACAUAUAACAGGUCCGCUUUACUUUGGUCCAAAGUGCAGGAAGCACGUGUACAGACUCUACCACCACACCAGAGACUGCACGAUACCUGCAUACUUCAAAAGAUGUGCGCGGCUUCUCACAAGACUAGCUGGCAGCCCGCAGUGCACAGAGGGGUAGCACACACAAGGUUGAAACCAAAACACAAGUUCUUCACAAGAAAAGAAAACGUGGGGUGAAAAAGUGCCUUGGACAGUGAGAGGGAAGCUAACAAUUCUCUGACCAGCCCCAACUGACAUUAAGGACAGUAUGCCCUUCAGGGAGACCUGCACUUUUAAGGAGUGGAUUAUUGCCUCCCGUCGCUCUGCCUGGGCCCCGAUGGUCGGCUGCCACCAUGAGGGAGGCAACCAGCCAACUAAACCACACCAAGAUAAAGAUGGUGAAACUGAAGAGUGGAGAAGUGGCUGAGAUAAAACAAAAGCAGGGCCUAUUUCCCUGCUGGCAUCCAAAAAGAUGUUGCUGAAACAAAACAAAAAGGGAUUACAUAUUUUUAUUUUGGUCAUUUCUUUAAAAAAAGAGCAAAAUCCAAAUGAUCUGUUUUUCGUUUGCUCUGUAGGAGUGUUGUGGGUUCGAGCCAUCUCUUCUACUGCACUGCCCAUUACGCAGAGAAAUCGCUGAACCCCGGCAUAUAGUUUAUCCCAUUUGUGCUCACACUGAGAAACACUUGUGAUUACAUUAUUCAUUGCAUGAGCAUUUCUCUGGGUCUUUGCAAGAUAUGGUAAAAAAGGAAGUGGUGGUUGUAAGUUGCAGCCCUCCUGUGGAUCUUGGUAGAGCGUGGUAAAGUCUAUAUUUAUAUUUUUGAGUUGUCACGAGGUUUCAUUGUACAUACUAUUGGCCAUAUGAAACAAGAUAAAUAUGUAUAUACUGUAAAGCAAAGCAUAAGAGGAAUCCACCUAUCUACCAU